CCCAAAGCAAAGUGAGAAUCGAGCGCAGAGUCGAAAGAGCAGACUAGUAAUUUUUUUGGCAAAUUUCCUUCCUGUUGUUACGGGUGUGUUUUUAAAUUGCAAAAUUUGGCAGGAAAUUUGCGAAGAAUCCUGCCCGAAAUAUCGUCUUCCGGUGGCCGGUUCUAGUGGCGUCCUAUAGGCAGUGCCCGCGAGUGGGAUUUUUGUUGAAUUUCGUGUUAAUUUUCUGGUGAUUGAAAGUCAUUGUUAGUUUCCUGGUCGGCUCGGUCCGAAAUAAAAAAAAAAGUUCCUCUGGCUGCUGCCCCAAAAGUGGAGUAAUCGAUUUUCUUCGACCAUCAUCGUGAGAAGAGUGUUGUGUGAAACCGAGUGCGUAGUUUCCCCCCGUAGAAGAAAAAGAAAAUAUCUAUAGCAUUUCGUAGUAAUUGGACCGGUUUUUCCGGAUCAGCCGGAAGCCAAAGCGAGUGCGACUCGAGACGGGAGUGAUUCCCCUGGAAAGUCCUUUUCCGUGGAAGAAGAAAAUGCUCCAGUUUAGUCCUCCGAUCGUGAAGCGUUUGCUAGGCUGGAAGAAAGCCUCGGCCGACGAUUCCGUUGAGGGCAAAUGGUGCGAGAAAGCGGUCAAAAGUCUGGUGAAGAAGCUAAAAAAGUCCGGAGCCCUGGAGGAGCUGGAGCGGGCCAUUACGACGCAGAACUGUAACACCAAGUGUGUUACCAUUCCGAGAGCACGUCCAGCUAACGGCGAAAAUGGAGUUGCGCUAAGAAAAGGUCUUCCUCACGUCAUUUAUUGCAGACUUUGGCGCUGGCCGGAUUUACAGAGUCAAGCCGAGCUCAAAGCGCUGGACAUUUGCGAAUACGCGUUCCACCUGAAGAAGGACGAAGUCUGCAUCAACCCGUAUCAUUACACAAAGGUCGACUCGCAGUCGCAACAACCGCUGACGAUCCUCGUACCGAAAAACCUAUCCACACCUCAGGGAGGCGAAAGCUCCAUCACCUACACCUUGGACGAUCUAAGCAAUACCGUACCGGUCAACAUUCAGUACAAUAAUGCAUUGAAUGACAACUAUGUAACCAGUCCACAACCAGCCACCCCACAGCAGGUACCACAGUCACAACAGCAACAGCAGCCACACCAAACAACCGCACCAUCCUACAUGGAGGUCACACUGGGUCAGCAGAUACCGACCAACACCACGAUUAUGGACUCGGUGAACAUUGGCGUCGGCACGAUUCCCAACACCGAAACGCCACCACCCGGGUACAUGUCGGAAGACGGCGAUCCCCUCGAUCAGAAUGAUAAUAUGACGGAUAUGUCCCGCCUGUCUCCACCAAUGGAUGCACAACCGGUGAUGUAUCACGAGCCCGCCUUCUGGUGCUCAAUCAGCUACUACGAGUUGAACCUGCGCGUCGGUGAAACAUUUCACGCUUCCCAGCCCUCGAUCACGGUGGACGGGUUCACGGAUCCCUCAAACUCGGAACGAUUUUGCCUCGGGCUCCUGUCCAACGUGAACCGCAACGAGGUGGUCGAGCAGACUCGUCGUCACAUUGGCAAGGGAGUACGCUUGUACUACAUUGGCGGGGAGGUGUUCGCGGAGUGUCUCAGCGAUUCUAGCAUUUUUGUACAAAGCCCUAACUGCAAUCAGCGGUACGGGUGGCAUCCGGCUACCGUGUGUAAAAUACCACCUGGAUGCAACUUGAAGAUUUUCAACAAUCAGGAAUUUGCAGCUUUACUAUCGCAGUCCGUCUCGCAGGGAUUCGAGGCGGUCUAUCAAUUAACUAGAAUGUGUACAAUUAGAAUGUCGUUCGUCAAAGGAUGGGGAGCAGAGUACAGACGACAAACCGUUACCUCAACACCGUGCUGGAUUGAAUUGCAUUUAAACGGUCCACUGCAGUGGCUCGACCGGGUCCUAACCCAGAUGGGUUCACCACGAUUGCCAUGUAGUUCUAUGUCAUAAGAGCAUUCAGGAAACGACUCACAGGAAAGAUUUUCUCGCGAUUAAAGCUGCAGAGAAACAAAGAAGAAAUAUCAAACAAAAAAAAAACAAACAAAUUCGUACUAUAUUAAUUAAGGAAUGCUAGAAUUUACAUAAGAGAGAUUUUGAAUGAUUGAUACCAGUUUUGGGAUAUUUUUGUUUUAGUUUUCUUUUCGUCUGAAUCCUAAUCAUUGUUUUGCUGCUAAAAGAGAAAACAAUUAUGUACGCUUCCUUCCUAGAAAAGUAGCGAUAACUUAAAGUUAUACCAAGUCGGAAAGGGACAUCCGUUCAGGUCCCUUUCAAGCAAACCACACAAUCUGUACAGGUUACAAGAGUGCGUAUACUUAUUGACUAACUAUAUUAUUGAUAACAUUUUUUUAAUAUGUUUUGUUGGCAGUGCCCUCUAGUGUCUACUUUCGUUCAUAUUAUUUUGUAAGUAGCGUUGGUAUUUUCCUAAUUAAUCGUACUUUUCAAACGCGUACUCUGCUUUAAGCAUAUUAUAUUGACAAGCUGAUGAAUCAAUCAAAUGUAGUUGCAUGAAUCAACAAAUUUUGUUUACAAAUAUAUUUUAUGAUACUGUUAAGCAAAGCGAAUGCAAACAAGAGAAUCGAAAUUAGAAAUUUCCAAAUUCAAAAUUUAUUGAUACCAUUAUACAUACAAACAAACUGUAAAUCUUUUUGGCACAAGACGAGGCAAGUUCUCGCUAAAAACAAAAAAUAAGCAAAACAUAAAAUGAUGCAAAUAAAAUAAAACUGAAGCUAAUAAAAUUGGUAAACGACUGGUGAUUUUAGAACUCGUGAGGCGGAAACAAAAUUUGCACGCGGAGAAUAAGCAUUCGAAUCGAUUUUAUGCCGUACGCAUGGAAGGACACCCCUUCCGGAGAGAAAUACAAAGAAAACUAACAAAAAAGCAAAAGAAAGCGAAGCGUAAUAUUUUCUGAGAAGGUUUAACGAACGUUUUGAGAUGAUACGAUUAAGAAUAUAGGAGGAGAAACAAAAAAAAAAAAACAAAAAAUGGGGAAAGAAGCAAAACAAAA